UCGAGACAGACACGUUUUGCCUGCUCCAGUAAUAAUUAUAUUUUUAAUGUAAAUUUAAUAGUUUCGUGCGAAUAGUGUGAUAAACAGCAUGGCAGCUCCGCCGGCUCUUCGCAAUUAAUAUGGUGCAUUCGAUUCGGCAGAUUUAGCAUAAUACAAAAGCAGUGAUAAUUUUCUAGUGUCUUAAUGUUGAUAUAAAUAAACAAGUUUUUGUUACCAAGUGAUUCAUACAAAGUCAAGAAUAAGGGCAAGUGUCUGCAAAACGCUCGUGCAAAUUAUAGGCGAUCUUUCCGCGGUCAAGACAUGACGUGCAGUUGAUAGGUGUUAGAGAAAAUUCAAAAAUGGGUGCCAAGGAGAUAGAAAAUGAUAAGAGUGAGAGGAAGCCAAAGUCGCGGCCGGGACUCUUCUCCCGGCUGUUCUACAUUUGGACGUUCCCGCUGUUCACCAACGGCAACCGCCGGGACCUGGAGGAGGACGACCUGGUGUCUCCGAAGAGCAUUUACGACUCGAAGACUGUUGGAGACGCGUUGGAAAGAAAAUGGAUAGAAGAAGAAGAAAGAGCCAAAGCGAAAGGCAAGAAGGCGUCGAUCACGAAAGUCCUAGUCAAAACAUUUUUCUGGUCGUUCAUACCCGGGGGUCUCAUGCAGUUCAUAUAUGUGGCUCUGAGAACCGUGACCCCUCUUAUCUUCUCGGAACUAUUAAAUUACUGGUCAGCCAACUCUACAAUGACGAGAGAGACUGCUGCGUUUUACGCGGGCAGUAUGGUGGCAGCCAACUUGUUCGCAGCUUUCUUCAACCACCAGGGUAACUUGUACUGCCACCAGUUCGGAAUGAAGCUUAGAAUUGCGGCCAGUUCACUUAUGUUCAGAAAAAUAAUGCGGAUGAACAAUGGCUCCCUGGGCGAGACGACUGCCGGCAAGGUGGUGAACAUCCUGUCUAACGACCUGCAGCGCUUCGACCUGGCCUUCCUCUUCCUCCACUACGUCUGGAUCAUCCCUAUUCAGGUGAUGGCCGUGUGUUACUUGGGCUACCAGCAGGCGGGAGUUGCGGCAUUGAUGGGCUUCAUCGCGCUGGUCAUCAUAGCCUUUCCUAUUCAAGGUGUACUCGGAAGAUUUAUCGGAAAUGUGAGACUUCGUGUUGCAGGGAAGACGGACUCAAGAAUUAAGAUUAUGAGUGAAGUUAUUAAUGGUAUUCAGGUUAUCAAAAUGUACGCGUGGGAAAUACCUUUCCAAAAGAUAGUGGGAGAGAAACGGAGGGAUGAACUGAAAGAGAUAAAGCUAGCGACGAUACUAAGGACCAUAUUCCUCGGGUUCAUGAUUUUCGCGGAGCGGGCCGCGCUGUUUGUUACCAUACUAACUUAUAUCCUACUUGGAAACGUUUUGACUGCGAACGUGAUAUAUCCUCUACAGCAGUUUAUGGAUGCGGCGCAAAUCAACAUCACCUUAAUUUUACCCCUGGUCAUAUCUUUUACCUCAGAGCUAAUUGUAUCGCUGCAAAGGUUGCAGGAGUUUUUAGAUUUUGAGGACAGACCGGACUUGAUACAGUCUCCAAACCACAUAUACAACAAUUUGGAGGGUAGUCUUAAAAAGAAAAAGCAUAAUUCAGUACUACCGAUUUCGUAUCAAGAAAAGAAAGAUGUUUAUCUUGGAAACGAAAUCAUGGGUUUGCGGUCGAACAUGAGGUUCCGUCGCAGCCUGUCGGUGUCCAACGACCUGGCGGUGGAGCUGCGUGACGUGAGCAGCAGCUGGACCGGCGACGCCAACUUCCUGGCGCUCAGGAACGUCUCCGUGCGCCUGCGCCGCGGGAAACUCUGCGCCAUCAUCGGAUCCGUCGGCUCCGGAAAGUCGUCCAUAUUGCAACUGCUGCUAAAGGAGCUGCCCGCGGCGUCUGGCACGGUAUCGGUGUUCGGGAGUAUCUCGUACGCCAGCCAAGACGCCUGGCUCUUCCCCAGCACCGUCCGCGAAAACAUUCUAUUCGGUUUACCCUACGAACCCGAAAAAUAUAAACAAGUAUGCAAAGCGUGCGCUCUCGAAAAGGACUUCAAGCAGUUCCCGUACAGCGACCAGACUUUAGUGGGGGAGAGGGGGGUGUCCCUCUCGGGCGGACAGCGCGCCAGAAUCAAUUUGGCCCGCGCCGUCUACAGAGAGGCUGACAUCUACCUGCUGGAUGACCCGCUGUCGGCGGUGGACGCGAACGUGGGUCGGCAGCUGUUCGAGGGCUGCAUCAACGGCUACCUGCGCGGCCGCACGCGCAUCCUCGUCACACACCAGAUACACUUCCUUAAGGCAGCCGACUUCAUCGUCGUACUCAAUGAGGGUCGAAUCGAGAACAUGGGCACGUUUGACGAGCUCGCAGCAUCUGGGAAAGACUUCUCACUGAUGCUGUCGGCGUUACACGAGGGAAAAGACAAGGAAACUGAUAGUGUUGGUGCCGAAAAAACCGACGAGAAGAAAAAGAGGAGUGUCUCAGUAUCAGAGGAUGAGGACGUUCGGGUAUUUGAGGCUCAGGAGAUGGCUGCUGAGGAGAGAGAGUCAGGGAACCUGCGCUGGGCAGUGAUAGCCUCAUACUUCACGUCCGGGGGGAGCAUCUGCUACAUAUCCUAUGUCGUAGGUCUGGUCCUCCUGGCCGCAGGCAGUGCAGCUGCCGCUGACUACUGGGUCAGCUACUGGUCAAACCAAAUGGCUAUAUACGAGGAAGUGAUGGUUGGAAAGGAAUUAGAUCCCGGUCUAGACGUCCAAGUUGGGGCCCUAACCACGGGUCAAUAUCUGAUAGUCAACGGAGUGAUAGUACUGCUCUGUAUCAUUCUAACCCACAUCCGUGUGUUCCCCUUCGCGACGCUGUGUGUGAGGGCCUCUGAGACGCUUCACAAUUCCAUGUUCUCUACCAUGCUGAAGGGAGUAAUGAGAUUCUUCGACACUAGCUCCUCAGGAAGAAUUCUUAACAGAUUCACCAAAGAUAUGGGAGCUCUAGAUGAGAUUCUGCCGAGAACGUUGCUAGACGUAGUUCAAAUUUACGGCAACUUAAUAUUCAUCAUUGUCCUAAACGCCAUAGCACUAUACUGGACGAUGAUACCUUCUAUCAUGUUGCUGACAUUCUUCAUUUUAUUCGUCAAAAUUUAUCUAAAAACGGCGCAAGGGAUUAAGCGCUUGGAGGGUGUUACGAAAAGUCCAGUAUUUGGUAUGGUCACCUCGUCGCUAAGUGGAAUAGCUACGAUACGAUCUGCCGGAGCACAAAAGAGGCUAAUUAAAGAGUUCGAUCGACAUCAGGAUCUCCACACGGCGGCAUGGAAUGGUGUGCUGGGUGCGGGUUCGACGUUCGGGUUUUACCUGGACACCAUGUGCUUAGUUUAUCUAACUGCGGUCAUCUUCGUGUUCCUUUACGUUGAUUUUGGUGGGGCCAUAGCAGUAGGCAGCGUAGGCCUGGCGGUGACGCAGAGCAACGCACUCACCAUGAUGCUGCAGCACGGCGCCCGCAUGCUGGUGGAGUUCAUAGCGCAGCUCACCAGCGUCGAGAGAAUACUGGAGUACACCAGGAUAGAGGGAGAACAGAACCUCUUUGAAGGAAAAUUGCCGAUAGAGCCCAGUUGGCCAUCCCUCGGUGCGGUCUCCUUCAAAAAUGUCAAUCUCAAGUACGCUCCCGACGGAAGCAAUGUACUCAAAAACUUGAACAUACAUUUCGAAAGUGGGUGCAAAGUCGGUAUUGUGGGUAGAACUGGCGCAGGGAAAUCAUCCCUUAUAUCAGCGUUGUUCAGAUUUGCCUACGUCGAGGGUAACAUUACAAUUGACGGCGUGGACACCUCUCUCAUUGCUAAGCAGACAUUGAGAUCAAAGAUUUCAAUAAUUCCACAAGAGCCGGUGCUGUUCUCAGCCACGAUUAGAUACAAUCUGGAUCCAUUCAAUAUUUACACGGACGAAGAACUCUGGCGAGCCUUGGAACAAGUGGAUAUGAAGUCGGUGGUGCCGUCCCUGGACUUCAAGGUGACGGAGGGCGGAUCGAACUUCAGCGUGGGGCAGCGGCAGCUCAUGUGCCUGGCGCGCGCCGUGCUGCGCUCCAACAAGCUGCUCAUCAUGGACGAGGCCACCGCCAACGUCGACCCUCAAACCGAUUUAUUCAUUCAGAAGACGAUUCGUCAUCAGUUCGCGUCGUGUACGGUGUUGACCAUAGCGCACAGGCUGAACACUAUCAUGGACUCGGACAAGGUGCUGGUGAUGAGCAGCGGCGAGGUGGUUGAGUUCGACCACCCCUACAUCCUGCUCAGCGACCCCGACAGCCAUCUCUCCUCCAUGGUCCGGGAGACCGGCGACAAAAACAGAGAGAAGCUCUUUGAAAUCGCAAAGGAGACGUACUAUGAAAAAAAUUUGAAAGAAAAUAUUGUGAGAUGAUACAAGGAGUAGCCUAGUUUAAACGCCUUUCGUGCACUAUGGACUAAUGUUCGUAUCCACCAUCAACCUCUCGAGUGAAGGGUCUAAUGCAGGCUAUAAGAGACGCCUUGCUUGAACGUUCCCUAAAUGUAGCUGCUAAGUGCGUCUGUAAUGGACUGUUUUUUUUUGUUUUUGGUUACACUUCCAGUAUUUACAUACCUCUAAAUGUCGACUUAUUGUAGCUCAUUGAGGCCAAUUUAUAUUAUACUUCUUAAAUACCUAUGUUUUAAGGGUUAUCCGAUUUUUUUAUCUAGCAUAAACACUUUUAAAAAUAAAAUCAAAUACUAACUUGAAGUUUUUACUACU